GCACUACCUGUGGAUCUCACACUGCUCUAUUGGCUCCUUUGAUAGCAGCUUUUUGACUUUGAAAAGAAGAUGAAGUGCAUCACACUGUUUCUUGUGUUGUCGCUGGUGGUCCUCAUGGCUGAACCUGGGGAAUGUUUUAUUCACCACUUUUUCAACGGACUUGUUAAGAUCGGGAAGUCGAUCCAUGGUCUUAUCAGGAGACGACAUGGGGCCAUGACAGAGCAGCAAGAGAUGGAACAACGUGCGUUUGAUCGAGAGCGAGCUUUUGCCUGAGUCUAUGAGGGUCCAUCUGGAAAAAAACAACUCUGAAACUGUGUCUGAAAAGAAAUGCUUCUUGCUCUUCAUCAUAACAAAUAUUGAAUUGACUCACUGGGCUAAGUGUAUUUUUGCCUUUACUGAUUUUGAAUAAAAAUGACAUUUGAAAUAAAUGCUCAAGCUGUU